AUGCGCGAGGAGGUGUCCUGCGCCAACUCCCCCGAGGGGGGGCUGGGGGCCAGCGAGGAGGAGCUGGAGAGGGGCUCCAAGAAGAGCGGGCAAACAGGGGGCCGAAAGCGGGUGCCGUACCACAAGAAAGACAAUCUGGGUCGGGCCGAGGAGAGGGCCGUUGUCAGCGGGAGCCCCAACAGCCUGGUUCCGUCGGGGCCCAAGCGGCAGAAGAAGCAACAGAACUCCCCCACGGCGGUGGUGUGUGUGGCCCCGUCCUCGCUGGGCUCCAGCGGCCUCGGCUUAGGCUCGGGCGGCGAGCCCUUCGAGGACCUGCACACGCAGCGAGUGAUCGCCAACGUGCGCGAGCGCCAGCGUACGCAGUCGCUGAACGACGCCUUCGCCUCGCUGCGUAAGAUCAUUCCCACGCUGCCAUCGGACAAGCUGAGCAAGAUUCAGAUCCUGAAGCUAGCGUCGCGCUACAUCGACUUCCUCUACCAGGUACUGCAGAGCGAUGAGAUGGACGCCAAGCUGGCCAGCUGCAACUACUUGGCCCACGAACGGCUCAGCUAUGCCUUUUCCGUCUGGAGGAUGGAGGGCGCCUGGGCCAUGUCGGCCAGCCACUAG